UUACGAAUGUAGCGGUGCGUUUUGCAGGCGUCGUUGUUUAUUUUCAAGAAAAACAAACUGAUAAUUAAUAAUGACUACCGUUGAAAAUCUUUACAAAAACUUUGGUGUGCUGGCUGAUGCAAAAGAUAAAGCUGGGGAGCAUCUAGAAGAGUACCAGUCUUUUUUGGAGGCUGUUAAAGGUUCAACUGGUGAAAAGAGACUUGCGGCUCAGUUUAUUGCACGCUUCUUCAAGUACUUCCCUGAUCUUGCUACAAAAGCUAUCAACUCUUUGUUUGACUUGUGUGAAGACAGCGAUAUUACAAUCAGAAAACAAGCUAUAAAGGAAUUGCCACAUCUGUGUAAGGUGUGUCCGGAGCAUGUUCCGAAGAUCUCUGAGGCUUUGACACAAUUGUUGGCGUGUGAUGAUUCUGGUGAACUCGGCUAUGUACAGUCAUCACUUGUCAGCCUUUUCCCCUGUAAUGCUAAAGGAACGCUAGAAGGGAUAUUUAGUCAGAUACUGGCUGAGCAUGAAGAAGAUGAUGUUGUGCGUGAUCGAGCCAUCAAGUUCUUGGUGCUGAAGCUGAGAAACCUGGAGGAGGAUACCGUUGACAAGGAUGCAGAGGACUACAUCAUGACAGAAGCUAAAAAGGUACUUCAAGAUGUUACCAAAGAUGAAUUUAUCUCCAUUAUGGAUCUGCUGAAAAAUCUGAAAGUGAUGAGUACUGUGACCGGUCGUCAGCAGCUCGUAGACAUUGUCACCGACCAGGCAGAUCUGGAAGAACCAUUUGAGCCAACAGACAUGGACUGUGUGGACCGACUGAUAUCGUGUAUUAAAACAGCUACUCCACUGUUUUCAAAAAAUGUUCACUCCAAAGCGUUUGUGGCCUACAUCUGUGACCAUGUGUUGCCAGUAUUGAAUCAGUUGGCUCGUCCUUCACCCGAUGUCAAUCCAGAGUUGGAAAUACUAAGACUGUUUGCAGAAAUUUCUGAAUUUUGUGGCGAGUUGGACAAAGCUGAAGAGAGAAUGGAAAAGCUUUAUAACAGACUUACAGACUACAUGCCGCUGCCACCAUCCAGUGAAAAUGACACUCCAGAAGCAGUGAGUGAAGAACCCAAGUUGAACUUUUCUUUUGUUGAGUGUUUGAUCUUUGCAUUUCAUCAGUUGGGCAAACGGUCUCCAGGAUUCUUAACAGAUGAAGCUAACCAAGAACGGUUGAAAGAUUUUAAGCUUAGGUUACAGUUCUUUGCACGAGGUGUUCAGGUCUACAUUAAACAGUUACGGGCAGCACUGCAGGGAAAAGCUGGAGAUAGUCUUAAAACGGAAGAGAACAAGCUGAAAGUUGUGGCUCUGAAGACUACGUCAAAUAUUAACACCCUGAUCAAAGAUUUAUUCCACACACCACCUGCCUACAAAUCAUCUGUUUCAUUGUCAUGGAAACCUCUGAUGCCCAAAGCCACUACAAAUUCUAAAAGUGUUGUUUCACCAGGCCAAAAGAGGAUAACACCAAUAACAUUUGAAUCGAAUGGCACAGGAGGUAAAAAGCCAGCCCCUAAUUCGAAGCAUGAAGGUCAACAACUGUAUGCCCCACCGAGUGGUAAAUUCAGCAACAAAGCUGGAAAUUAUCCAAAUACAGGAGAAAGAGGAGGUGGAGGGCGUGGCCGUGGCCGUGGAUUCAGAGGUUACGGUAGAGGAAGAGGUCAGGGCUGGACGUACAACAGAUGGUGAUUGGUAGCCAAGAAAGUGGGUGGACUUUGCAUGAUGAUGAGAGGCAGCUGAGUGGAUGGACUCUGUUUGUGAUAGACCACAGGCACCGAUCAUACAAUUUGUAAUAUAUCUCUCAUUAAACACAUGAAUCACAUUCAUCAUAUUAAGGUGCUGCCUUGGAGAAAACAAAUGUCAUGUGAAAAAGUGUGCAAGUUUUCAGACAUCAGAACAGUGAUAAAGAAAAAACACUUCAGCUUACUAGUGAUAUAUUUCAUUGACAGUGGUUGGAUAUUAUUAAGAAAACUUAUAUCUGGCAGUGAUUGUUGUGUUGAAUAUUUUUACAGUAUUUUAAAAAUAAGAUAUUCUCUUUUUACAUUUUGGAGUCAAGUGAAUUUUCCUCUCCUUGUGACAGGCACUAUUCACUAGUAGAAUGCAUGUUAGUUUUAGCUACAGUAAAUCAUAAAAUAUUAGGAAUCAAGUAAUGCAUUAUUGUAUAUCAGAGACCAUUAUAUGACAUUUUGACAUCACUGUAUUUCCUUGUUACUAAGAAAUCAUUCUUUUAAUAUUUCCUGAGGUUUUUGUUAAUUUGUUUUAAAAAAAGAGAAAAGAUUAAAAGUUGUGGUGAAGACAUGUAUCUUUUUUAUGUCAUUUAGAACUUGUGUUUCUUUAUGUUAUGAAUGCAUGCAAAUAAAUAUCCUAGAAAAA